AUGGAGUCGGACGACUGCAAGCGGCAGUUGCCGACGACGCCGGCUCCCGGGCAUCCAGCUCGACUCGGCUCGCCUCGCUCGAGCAGCGGUGGGACGGUCGGCGGCUCCGCUGCGGCGCCGCCGCCGCCGCUUACUUCAACUACCUUCGAGACGGAGCGGCAGGCGCUGGCGCAGCAGCUCGACAUGACGCCGCGCUCGGUGUGUGUUUGGUUCCAGAACCAACGCCAGCGCUUGCUCAAGCUGCAGCGCCAGGCGGAGGGCGCGGAGGCCUCGCAGCGCCACGAGCCAGCGUCCGGCAUGUCGCAGUUCGUCUCCGCCGGCGACGAGCUGCCGCUGCCGCUGCUGCUCUUUAGUUGGGCUGCCCGUGAAUCCCCUUGGAACCUUCCUGCAGGCGACGAGGAGCUGCCGCCGCUGCUCGUCGACACGUGUGGCAGCGAGGGCGGCGUUGCUGGCGAUUGCGACCGGGCGCUCUUGCGGCGGCAGAGGGCCGUGAGGCUUCUUGAGAGGCGGCGUUCGCAGGAGAGGCAGGCGCGACUUGUCGAGCAAAAGGCGGCGAAGGAGGCGGCGCAGGCUGCUCAGCCUGAGAAGCUUGUCGAGCAAAAGGCGGCGAAGGAGGCGGCGGAGCAGGAGAGGCUGGCGCGACUUGUCGAGCACAAGCAGGAGAAGCUUGUCGAGCAAAAGGCGGCGAAGGAGGCGGCGGAGCAGGCUGCUAAGCCAGUGAAGCUGUUCGACGCGAAGUUCGGGAAGGGCACCUUCUCAACGACGUUGGAGACGCACGUCAGCGAGAGGUGGACCAAGGGCAGCUUGCGCUACGUCUUUUGCCUCGGCCCGCAGAGCUCGCCAGUGCUCCGCCAAGGGCUGCAGCAGGUGAGCAUCACCGGCCGGGCUCGCGGCGGUGUGAUUGCGGCCAAGAAGUUCUACCUGGCCGGCGCCACGAAGCCGGAGGCCGAGGCUUCGCUGCGGGCGGCCGACGUCGCCACCGCGUGCAUCGGGCGGGAGCGGCUGCACAGGCUCAAGGCCGAGGCGGCUGCGGUGGCGCGCAAGCACGACGAGGCGAGCGUGUGCAACGCGCUGCUCGUCGUCAUGUGCGGCUUGUAUGCCAAGCCGGCCGGCGACGACGAGGCGGGGCGAGUGGUUGCCUACGCGGACGAGUGCAUGGAGCGGCUUCGCAAGAAGAAGAAGAAGGGGAAGAAGUGCAACGACUGGCGGCUGUGCCUUCGGGCAGCGAUGCGCGCCGCCGUCAAGGAGGCGGAGCGGGAGGCGAGCAUCGUGGCGUCGUCGCACAGCGUCCCGCUCGAUGUGUGGCAGGACCACCGCAACACCGUCGACGAGCUCCUCUACUGCCACGGCAUCGCCACCGUCUCGAGCGGCGAGCUGGCUGACGAGGAGCUGGAGCUCGCCGAGCUGCUGGUCGACGACUCCCACGCCGGAGAGCUGCUGGAGCGCGAGCUGCAGGAGCUGCGCCGCAUCGAGGCGCGCGCAGUUUGGGCCGAGGUGGAGGUCGAGCCGGAGGGCGAGCCGGUGCGCUGCUGGGACGCGGAGCUGGUGUACGAGGCGCACUUGCUGGUGCACGCGGCGCUGCUGGCACGUCUAGAGAGCGGGGCGGUUACGACACCGGGCUCUCACGAGUGCAACUACCUGGGUUGGGUCCGCGACAUCGUGAGCACCGGCGCGCAGUUCGCGGGCGCCGUUGACGACGACGACUUUGUCCGGUCCGUGCGGGACAUGACAUACCUACGGCUGAGCUUUGCUCAGGCGAGCCAGUUGCUGUGCACGCGCCGCAUUGCGCACUGGGCGCGGCUCGUCCAGGUGCACGGCGGCGGCGAUCGCCCCCUCGAGGCGAUCGCCGCCUUCGCCGCCGUCGGUGCGAAGCCAGCGUCGUUGCGCGACCUCGUCCAGUACCCGCGCGGCCUCGACCCUCGCACGACGCUAGCAGCGAUCGAGCGCAUCGGCGUCAGUUUGCGAGCCGGAUGCUACCCCCAUCUGGCCACGCAGCUUUACACGAGCGCCAUGGAUGUGCCAGCCGUCGUGGACGAGGAGAGCGGGGGGGAGUAGGCGUGUUUGUACUCGGGCGACGCUCGCGAGGUCUCUCUAGACGAGCGCCGCAGCGGGCCGCAUCGGAGAGAGAGAGAGAGAGAGAGAGAGAGAGAGAGAGAGAGAGAGAGAGAGAGAGAGAGAGACUCUCAAGGCAGAGCUUGCAAGCGUAAGAAGAAAGAAGAAAG